AUGCGAGCGCUUGGAGACCCGCCGCCGCCCUGCCCGGCGUCAACCACUGUCAGCAACUGCCGUCUGCUCGGCAGCGCCGCCGACGCAUGCGACUACCGUGGCAACGUGAGCAUCACCAAGAGCGGGCUGACCUGUCAGCUGUGGAGCGAGCAUGUGCCGCACAAUCACACGCACGUGACAGAGGAGGUGUACCCUGCGGCUGGAAUCGAGGAGCACAACUUUUGCCGCAACCCAGACCGCAGUGAGCCCACGGCGUGGUGCUACACCACCGACCCCGAUCUCCUGGAGAGCAUGCGCGAGUGA